UAACCGUUAAAGGUCACAGAUAAUAUUCUCUCUACGACAGUCUCUAGAAUGGUCAUGUCUAUAUAACAUGUGCCGUGCGAUCGAUCCACAAGUCGAAAAGAAUCUUGAUCGAUCAUCAUAUCUUCCACGAUGAUUUCGCACCGAAUACUCGGCUGUUUAUUCCUGAUUUUAUUGACGCAAUAUGGUGACGCAUCAAGAUUGCGUUAUGUGGAAUCUAUUCUGAAUUCAUUGCAACGAAUUGAAAAUCGAAUUGAAAAUCUAAAAGUCUUCCAAGAAACGAAACAAGCCAAACAAUCCACAUUGAAUUGCCUUGUUCCAGCUGAGAAAAUAUUUAAUUUAAUUUCGGAACUUUCAAAGAUUCCUAAUAAUGACACCAAUGAGACGCAGAUUACCCGAAGAAACGUGGCUCCCUUAGAUUCCAACAGUAUUCGUAUCCUUCGAACGGCGCUAGGCUUCGAUGACGACAAAGAUAUCGAACCACCCUUCAAACCCUUCGCCUUUCAGCCCGUGACACAACGAACUAAAGACAAAAACCGCAACGAGAACAAAAACGCAAACAUUAACACAAAUACAAAUUUCAACGCCAACCAUUUCAAUGUCAGACGUACUCUUGACGACAUAUCACAUUUAAAUAAAGGGCACAAUCAAAACGUAAACACUAAUUAUAAUGUAAACACUAAUUUAAAUAAGCAUAGAAAUAUUAUGGAUUUACUCGACUUUAGCGAUGAAGAAGAGGCUUAAAUACAGAAGAGAGAGAGAAGAUCAUGAAAUAUGCCCGAAUAUUAGCUGCACCUAUAACUUCUGUAAAAUUAUCAAUUGCAAUAAUAGAAUAAUAUAAUCAAAAUGUUUAAGCAACUGUAUUAUAAACUAAA